AUGCUUCAAGCUUCCCCUCAGUCCCCAAUAAUGAUGAGCGGCGUCUCGUUUGUUGUCUCGCGGGAUGUCUGUCGCCGCCGCCUAAGUCAUUCCCAUGAAAUGGAGGUGCAGCCAGAAGCCGUCAGGGACUGGUCCGAGCUGCCUCUUGAUGUGCUUGCUUCAGUCUUUACCAAACUCGGCGCAGUUGAUAUUCUCAUGGGUGCAGGCCUUGUGUGCCACUCAUGGCUCGAGGCGGCAAAAGUACCUAGUUUAUGGCGAUAUGUCGACAUGGAGCACCAUGAUGUCUUGCGAGGGAAGAAGAAAAAGAGCCACGAUGUCUUGUGUGCAAUGGCAAAAGCCGCCGUGGACCGCUCCAAUGGGGAGCUCGAGGUGUUCGCAGGGAGCGGGUUUGUUACUGAUCAGCUUCUCAACUAUAUUGCAGAAAGAUCACCCUCCCUUAAGAGCCUCAGCCUUGACUACUGCAAUGUCUCCAACGAAGCAUUCACUGAGCUGAUAAUCAAGCUUCCUCUGCUCGAAGAACUUCUCAUUUCCCUAUGUCCAUUUGUUGAUGGCGACGCAUAUGAGGUCACCAGCAGAGCAUGUGCGCAGCUGAAGCGUCUCAUGUUGCGGCAAGGGUCGUAUGGGGGUACAAGAGAUGGGGCACUUGGAAUCGAGAUGAUGCACGAGCUGCGAUACCUUACUCUCGUCGGUUGCAAUAUCACGACAGAGGAGCUGGUUGCCAUCAUCGAUGGCUGCCCUCACAUGGAGCGCCUCUGCGUGCGCGACUGUUGCAACAUCAUUGUGGAUGGAACCCUGCGAGCGAAGUGUUCAAGGAUCAAGACGCUGAUUCUCCCCCCUUUGCAGCAUUUGCAGCAGUUGUACUCCCGUUACUGUUUUCACCCUGAUGAUAGCCUUUUCACGGACAAGUUUGACGAUUGGAGAUCUUCCUAA